AUGGCCGCCAAAAGUCCCCUUAGUCGCGAUCGGCACACUGUAGGUUGGUUAUGCGCCCUCCCUGUCGAAUUCGCAGCUGCCGAAGAAAUGCUUGAUGAGAUACAGCAUAAUGUUGUCAUCGCCUGUCUACCAGAAUCUCAGAUAGGAACCAGUUCAGCCGCUGCGGUGGCUACUUGGAUGCAGCUAACCCUCACCUCGAUUCACGUUCGCCUUAUGGUGGGUGUUGGUGGGGGAGUUCCAUCAACAGACGCAGAUAUUCGACUUGGAGAUGUGGUCGUCAGUCUCCCAGAAAACAGCCACGGUGGAGUAGUACAGCAUGACUUCGGAAAGGCCACCUUGAGCGGAUUCAAACGAACUGGUUUCUUGAAUGCGCCGCCGAAGAUCCUUCGCAAGGCAGUUUUCUUGCUCAAAGCCAAACACAUGCGAGAAGACCAACGCUUUGCACAGUUUAUUUCGAAAUUCAAUCGCCUGCCUAGGUUCACACGGUCUAAUGCAGGAGAUGAUAUCUUGUUUAACUCGCGCUAUGACCAUGUCGGAGGAGUGACGUGUAAGAAAUGUGACAGACGAAGGAUCCUCAGGAGAGAAUCACGCAGUCGGCAGAGUCCUAUCAUACAUUAUGGUACCAUUGCUUCUGGAAAUCAAGUGAUGAAAAACGCCGCUGAGCGAGACAGGGUUAGCUCGGAGUUGGGUGGUGUGCUCUGCUUCGAGAUGGAAGCAGCAGGUUUGAUGAACGAGUUUCCAUGUAUCGUUAUACGGGGAAUAUGCGACUACAGUGAUUCCCACAAAAAUAAAAAGUGGCAGCCAUAUGCAGCUGCGGCGGCGGCUGCGUAUGCGAAAGAGCUGCUCUCGGUCAUCCCGGCGAUGGAGAUCACACCGUUACGACCGAUAGCUUUUGAAGUGGUCGACGUCAUGAUAUCCACAGGUAAGCUCUCUUCCUGCUCAUCAGCUAUAACAAUUAACAAUACAAAACAGACCAAAGAACGUGUUUCGCUCUACUAUCUCAAAUUAAUGAAAGUUCAUCUGGCCAGAAAUCUAUAA